GGUGGCGCCAGUCAACGGUUCGUUCAACCACUCUUCUUCCUUGAAGACGCUUUCUUAUUAAUUCCUCAAAUUCACCUCUCUCUCUCUCUCUCUCUCUCUCUCUCUCUCUCUCUUCGAAUUCUGCAGCUUUUCAAAUUCUUUGUGUUUUCGUAUCCGCCCUUUCUGGUUUUGAUUCUCGCUAGUUUCCUGCUGAUUAGUGAUGGCGAAACGUCCAACAGUACCAAAAUUUGGCAACUGGGAAAAUGAAGGUAAUACUCCUUAUACAACUUAUUUUAACGAGGCUCGAAAGGGUAAAGCUGCAGGAGGAAAAAUGAUCAAUCCAAACGACCCGGAGGACAACCCUGAAAUGUUUGCUGCUAAAACCGAACCACCACCCCUUCCUCAUGACCACCGGGUUAGCCGUGAAGAAGAGCGUCCAGCACCUAAUGACAACCCGAACAAGAGAAAUUCAGGUGGCCCGGCCAAUCAACGUGGUGGUGGUCAAGGGACGGGUACUGGUCGUCCAGUAAGGCAUAGUGUCGGGUCAGACCAAAGCUUUGACCGGUCACCGCUUCAUCCACAUUAUCAGGCAAAGGUUACCGGGAAGGGUGGCGCGUCCCCAGCUCGGGAAGGAAAAAACUCUUAUGAUAGUAGUCAUGGUACCCCUGGACGAUCAAGAAUGAAGCCAGCUCGAGGCGAUGAUUCGCCCGAUAAUGGAGCCGCUGUUCCUAGGUUUGGUGAUUGGGAUGAAAACAACCCUUCAUCAGGAGAAAACUAUACUCAUAUCUUCAACAAGGUUCGCGAAGAACGUGUAACAGGGUCACCCAUGGUUUCUGGUUCGGAUGCAAGACCAAACUACAACAUUCCACGUAACCAAAAACCGGAAAAGCAAUGCUGCUGCUUCCCGUGGUCGAAAUGAAUCAAGAUUUUGGAAGAUUUGUGAAUAGUUUAUAUGCAUCAAUGAGAAUGAAAUAUUUCGUUUCGUAUUUGUAAGUGUGAUUUUGUUAUUGUGGGGUGUAAUUGGGUAUACAAACAUGAGAAUUUGAUGAUUGACUUUAUAUGUGAUUAUAUUCUUUCAUUU